GCAAAAAAUAAUACAAAAGGACAGAAAACAGAACGGUUUUAUUGGAACAAGACUUCAUCACCACAAUGGAAAACAUUGACUUGUCUUCAAUGAAACUAUCUAGGCCUGAGUUGUUUGAUUUUGAGGGCGUUUCAAUGAUCCACUACUUCACUGACAACUGGGAGAAGGUGAAGAACUUCCAGGCAAGACCAGAUGACAUUCUAAUCGCCACUUACCCAAAAGCUGGUACCACCUGGGUUUCUUAUAUACUGGACCUUCUGUAUUUUGGAAAUGAUGCUGAGCGGCAGACGUCCAAGCCUAUCUAUUUAAGAGUGCCAUUCCUGGAGUCAUACUUUCCAGAAUUGCUUCCACCUGGGACAGAACUGGCUGAUAAUCUGCCCACCUCUCCUCGCCUCAUUAAAACUCAUCUACCUGUUCAGCUAGUGCCCAAGUCCUUCUGGGAGCAGAACUGCAAGGUUGUGUAUGUAGCUCGGAAUGCAAAAGACAAUGCAGUCUCCUAUUUUCACUUUGAUCGAAUGAACAUGGGACAGCCAGAACCAGGAGAUUGGAACAAUUUCUUACAGAAAUUUAUGGAAGGAAAGAAUGUGUUUGGUCCUUGGUACGACCAUGUCAGUGGAUGGUGGGGAAAAAAACAGACAUAUUCUAACUUGCUGUACAUGUUCUAUGAGGAUAUGGUUGAAGACACUGGACGUGAAGUGGAACGCUUGUGCUCCUUCUUGGGUUUGUCAAACUCAGUUGAGGAGAGAGAGAAAAUAACAAAAGGAGUUCAGUUUAAUGCUAUGAAACAAAACCAGAUGACCAACUAUUCUACAAUAUCAGUCAUGGACUUCAAGAUCUCACCCUUCAUGCGUAAAGGUAAAGUCGGAGACUGGAAAAAUCAAUUCACUGUGGCACAAAAUCAACAGUUUGAUGAGGUCUACAAACAAAAGAUGAAGAACACAACUGUCAAGUUCCGGACAACAAUUUGA